AUGGUAAACGUCGGCAAUAUAUUCUCAAAUAUUUUUAGUGGCUUUUCAGCUGACUUCAAAAAGAAAAAUUUCUCCCUUUAUGGCCAGUGGCUUGGGAUCUUAAACAUCUUCCUUUGCCUUGCAUUGGGAAUUGCCAACAUCUUUCACUUCAAUCUUGUGAUAAUCUUCUCCAUCAUUUGUAUCGUGCAGGGACUUGUGGUGGUAUUCGUGGAGAUUCCGUUUUUGUUGAAGAUCUGCCCAUUGACAGACACUUUCACCAACUUUGUUCGCAAUUUUGACGAGAAUUGGCCUCGUUGCGGCUUCUACUUGUUAAUGGCCGCCAUACAAUACCUCAGCUUGGUCAUUCUGGCCACAUCGUUGCUUGUGGUUGCCAUUGUGUUCACUUUGGCAUCGGCGUGCUACUUGUUCGCAGCUUUGAAACACCAAGAGUACCUCAAGACUUCCAUUAGCGUUACAGGCAACAAUGACGAUUUGGAGUCACAAGUUGCCCACAACGUGGUCAGAAACGUGUUGUAA